AUGAGACGUAUCUUGGCAGGAAUUUUGCUUCUGGCUGCCUCAACAUGGGCACGCGACACUUACCAAGGACCAUAUGAGGAUCCCAGCUCAAGUCAAAAAGAACUUGAAGUCAUAGCUUGCACUUUCGGAGAACCCUAUCCAAACCUCAAAAAUGAUCAAAAAGGAGAAGACAAAUCUGAAGACUACGUUCCAAUAACAGAUAGUAACACAGGACGCCACGGACCAUUUGCAACGGACCAAGGAGGACUGAUCAGUGGUUUAAAUUCUGGAGGACCUUUUGGGGUUAACCAAGGCAAUUACCCACAAGGUGGUCUUUUCCCCGGAAGUAAUACGGAAGAACCUUUCGUCAUCAAAAAUUAUCAACAAGGAGCAUCUAGUACGAACCAGGGAGGACUGAGCAGUGGAUCAAAUUCGGAAAUUCCAUCUCUAACUGGGGGUUACCCAGGACUUACAUAUACAGGUAGUAACGAAGGGUACUUCGGAGCAUCUAAUACGAACCCAGGAGGAUUGAUCAGUGGUUUAAAUUCUGGAGGACCUUUUGGGGUUAACCAAGGCAAUUACGCGCAAGGUGGGCUUUUCACCGGAAGUAAUACAGGAGGACCUUUCGUCAUCAAAAAUUAUCAAGAAGGAGCAUCUAGUACGAACCAGGGAGGACUGAGCAGUGGAUCAAAUUCGGAAAUUCCAUCUCUAACUGGGGGUUACCCAGGACUUACAUAUACAGGUAGUAACGAAGGGUACUUCGGAGCAUCUAAUACGAACCCAGGAGGAUUGAUCAGUGGUUUAAAUUCUGGAGGACCUUUUGGGGUUAACCAAGGCAAUUACGCGCAAGGUGGUCUUUUCACCGAAAGUAAUACAGGAGGACCUUUCGUCAUCAAAAAUUAUCAAGAAGGAGCAUCUAGUACGAACCAGGGAGGACUGAGCAGUGGAUCAAAUUCGGAAAUUCCAUCUCUAACUGGGGGUUACCCAGGACUUACAUAUACAGGUAGUAACGAAGGGUACUUCGGAGCAUCUAAUACGAACCCAGGAGGAUUGAUCAGUGGUUUAAAUUCUGGAGGACCUUUUGGGGUUAACCAAGGCAAUUACGCGCAAGGUGGUCUUUUCACCGAAAGUAAUACAGGAGGACCUUUCGUCAUCAAAAAUUAUCAAGAAGGAGCAUCUAGUACGAACCAGGGAGGACUGAGCAGUGGAUCAAAUUCGGAAAUUCCAUCUCUAACUGGGGGUUACCCAGGACUUACAUAUACAGGUAGUAACGAAGGGUACUUCGGAGCAUCUAAUACGAACCCAGGAGGAUUGAUCAGUGGUUUAAAUUCUGGAGGACCUUUUGGGGUUAACCAAGGCAAUUACGCGCAAGGUGGUCUUUUCACCGAAAGUAAUACAGGAGGACCUUUCGUCAUCAAAAAUUAUCAAGAAGGAGCAUCUAGUACGAACCAGGGAGGACUGAGCAGUGGAUCAAAUUCGGAAAUUCCAUCUCUAACUGGGGGUUACCCAGGACUUACAUAUACAGGUAGUAACGAAGGGUACUUCGGAGCAUCUAAUACGAACCCAGGAGGAUUGAUCAGUGGUUUAAAUUCUGGAGGACCUUUUGGGGUUAACCAAGGCAAUUACGCGCAAGGUGGUCUUUUCACCGAAAGUAAUACAGGAGGACCUUUCGUCAUCAAAAAUUAUCAAGAAGGAGCAUCUAGUACGAACCAGGGAGGACUGAGCAGUGGAUCAAAUUCGGAAAUUCCAUCUCUAACUGGGGGUUACCCAGGACUUACAUAUACAGGUAGUAACGAAGGGUACUUCGGAGCAUCUAAUACGAACCCAGGAGGAUUGAUCAGUGGUUUAAAUUCUGGAGGACCUUUUGGGGUUAACCAAGGCAAUUACGCGCAAGGUGGUCUUUUCACCGAAAGUAAUACAGGAGGACCUUUCGUCAUCAAAAAUUAUCAAGAAGGAGCAUCUAGUACGAACCAGGGAGGACUGAGUAGUGGAUCAAAUUCGGAAAUUCCACCUCUAACUGGGGGUUACCCAGGUCUAGGAAAUGACCAACUAAGUGGACUAGACAGCUUACGAAAUCAAUUCCGCCAAGGUGGACUAACCAGGGGAAAUCACAUUGAAGGUCCAUUCAUAACUGGAGCUUACCUAGGACCUAUACUUGGGCAGCUAAGUGAAGGACCUUUUUCCCUUAACCAAGGAAAUUAUCAGCAAGGUGGACUAGACACCAGCAGUUAUAACAGAAAUAAUCAACAAACAGACCCCAUAUUUCGAGUUUUUGGACGAUUCGGUACACCUGGUUCAAGUCCCGGUGGACUGAUCAGUGGACAGAAUACGGGAGGUCCCUUGGAUUUCUCCCGGGGUGGACAAAGCGAGGACCUUUUCGGUCCUAACCAAGGAUAUUACCAACAAAUGAUAUAAAAGUUGUAACAUUGUAGAGUAAAAAUUUGUUCAAAUAAAGAAAUUCAAAAGAUAA